AUGGACGACAUCGCCAAACCCGCGACGCGACGCCUCCACUCCUUUCUCUCUGUCUCUCCCGUGGCCAAGGGAAGCGAGCAAACAGUCCGAGAGGAAGCUUUCCGUCCGUGCCGUGUUUACUUUCUUUAUGUUACAGUGGUGGAAGAGAGAGCAGGCCCCCAAAACGCUCUUCUCGGAGCUGUCCCAGACUCUCCCAGCGUCAUGAUCACAGCCCGCAAGGGACCAAGACCUCCUCCCCGCUUCUUCUGCAACUCCAAGGAGGGGGGGGGGGUUGGCUUUCAAACCGUCCUCCUGCCCGCAGACAAGAAGGAGAGGGCCGCGUCAUCCAACACACACCUUGCACCUCACACGACCGGCCCCGGGAACCUCUCAGUCGUCCCCGUAUCCAAGCGUGUCCGGCGUCCCAAUCGCACCCUGCAGGAGAGGCGUGUCCUCAUGUACGCCAAGCGGCCCCCAUCGCGAGUCCUCGGCACGCGGGUGCCGGCGCGGUCUCUUGAAAGAGCAUCAGUAGACUCGGCGGGCGUGGCGUGGGGAGUGUAUUAG